GUUGGCAGGUUUUCCGGUGGAGCCGGAUGCAGCUGUCAAUAAACAUGGCGUCCGUUACAACAGCCACCUCAGAAUGGAUCCAGUUUUUUAUAGAUGCUGGGAUCCCGGCUGGCCUGGCUGUUAACUAUGCAGUGUCUUUUGUGGACAACAGGAUCCAGAAAAACAUGCUGAUGGACCUGAGUAAGGAGAUCAUGAUGGACCUCGGAAUCACAGUCAUCGGUGACAUCAUCGGCAUCCUUAAACACGCCAAACAAGUCUACAGACAGGACAUGUGCAAGAUGGCCACUGAGGCAAUCACCUCAGGACAGACCAGUGUUAAGGCCGAACUCCGAAGAACUGCCAAUACCCCUGCCACACGGAUGAUUGCCAACGCCUUGAGUCGAGAAUCCCCGCCUAGCACUCCAGUCCGUCGUCCUGACAACCGCCUCUCCGUGACGGUGUCCAACAAACAGGCCAGCAAGAGUAGCAAAGCAGUCCUAAGUCGAGCAGCAGACGAAGGGAACGGCGUGCCGGUGGUGAAGCGCCGGCGGGUGACAGCGGAGAUGGAAGGCAAGUACAUCAUCAACAUGCCCAAAGGCACCACGGCACGCACACGCCGCAUCCUGGCCCAGCAGGACACCAAAGGGAUGAAACGGACCUCUGUAUUUGAACGGCUCGGAGCAGAGUCCAAAGCAGACACAACCACUAGCAGCAGCAAGGCCACAGGUGUGUUCAGCCGCCUGGGCAGAGCGGAUGAAGAGGAGGACGAGGAGAAGGCCCACACGGAUGAAAUGGAUGUUGACGCGGAGGAGGAUGAUAGUGACGGGGAGGGAUCAGUCCUCCAGUACGCAGGUGUUCUAAAGGGCCCCACUCUCUCCAUGAAGAAACCCGCCACCCCCAAACCGGCGCCCACCACACUGCGACGCCUGGGGGCCAAGUUCAAAGUGCCCGCCUGCGAGUCCCCAGCCUCCUCCCCCUCUUCCUCUCCAGACAGCCUCCCCCCUGCCAAGCUCAGUGUGCUCCAGAGACUGGGGAAGCCCCCCAACACACACCCAGGAGCACCUGCCUCCCCUCAGCCCACCGACACCCAGGACAGCCGGGUGACCAGCACCAAACCCAAGGCCCAGGUACGGCCCGCCCCGGCCAGCCCCAAGGUCAGCAGCAGCAGCUCCAGUGUAGGAGGGGGAGGGGGGGACUGCCUGGGGGCUCAGAUGGACGUCGGGUCGGUCAGUGUCUUCAAGAGACUGGGCAGCAAGAAGACCUAAGGCCUCCCACACGUCGUCGGUUAGACUUAGUUUGUAACUGUUUUUAAUAACUUCUGGUUUUAUAUCCAUCCUUGCAUACAUGGGGCACGAUGAAAGGGGUCACGUUAUUAACCGUUUUAAGGGUUUCCAGAUGGACACUACAGCCCUCCUGCGUAAGUGAAAAGUUGCAGUCAGACUCUGCAGUUGAGUUUAUUGAAGGGAAGUUUGUAGUUACAGUACCAGGGCUACUGGGAUUCUCCAGUGUGAAACACAGAGGAGUCAUUAUUCAGACAGGAUA